UAGUCGUGGCGUGGCUCUUGCUGAUGCCAAGUACUCCAGCUCCCCAGUAGUGUGAAGGGCUAGGCUACGGCUCGCCUCCCAUCUUGUCUCUCUCUCUCUCCCCUCUCCCACCGGCAGAGACGCGCUCCUGUGGCGGGGAGGGAGCAGAUUCAUUCAGCCACACAGACACAACUCGUCUUCUCCUCGAGGAGCUAGCAACCGGCUAGCGGAGCAAGAGCAAAGCCUUCAGGAAUCAGGAGGCGGCCAGAUUCGCGCGCGGUUCCUCCCUCCUGUGCGUGCGAUGUUGGCGAAAUCCCCAUCAUUGCCUUUCUUAACUGCUACUGAAACUGCUGCGAUCAGCCUCUCUCCAAGCUGUGAUCUCUUUAGUUCACCAAAUGCGAGAUUUUCCAAGAAGAAAUAUGGAGGAAGAUUAACUAUCCAGCCAAACAUUGAAUUUGGAAAAACUCAAAAUAGUAGGACUCAGAGAAAAUGGAGGACAUUCUCCGCUGAUCAAGCUCAAGCUACCGUUGUCGAUGCUGGUGACAACAAAACAUGGGAAGAAGCCAAACAGAUACUAACAUCACUGGAUUACUCCAUUGAAGACGCCGACAAAAUGCUGAAGAAGGCAUUUGGAUGGAUUCAUUCACCAUACUGGAGUGAAGAGAGAAAGAAGGAGGUUCCAAAUGCUGAGGUGGUUAGUGGAGUACUGAACUACAUUAGAACUCUUGGGCUCUCCGAUGAUGACCUUCGCAAAUUGCUGAAGAAAUUCCCAGAAGUACUUGGAUGUGAUCUUGACAGCGAGGUGAAACUGAAUGUAGGCAAGCUGGACAGUGACUGGGGAAUAAAUGGAAAAACACUCCGGAGUCUUCUUUUAAGGAAUCCAAAAGUUUUGGGGUACAAUGUGGACUGCCGAGGGGACUGCAUGGCGCAGUGCACCCGUUGCUGGGUUAGGUUCUAGUUCUGCUCUACGUUAAUGUGCAGAACUUACAGUUGAAUUAUAGGUUCCCAGCUAUUUGUCUAUUUCUAUAUCGGUUACUCAAAACCUCUCUUAACAUAAACAAAACACAUUUAUAGUAGAUGGAUUAGCCUCAGCAUGUUAGUUUUGUUUACAUCUUGAACAGCACCUUUUCCAUACUAUCUGUAUCAGGGAUGUAAAAACAAAUAUAUCAGAUACCUGAAUUUCUGUGAGUGCUUCAACGUUUAAUUGUUCUUUUC